AUGUCUUCUAACCUUAAAAACGAAAAGGCCGCCGCCGAGGCCAAGGAUAUCGAGGUCAACGUCGACGCGGUCGGCGUGGAGAACCCGCUCAGCACCGGCAAGUUCGUCGAUCGCGCAUUCCAGCUCAACUACUGGGAUCCCGAGGACGACAUCUUCUACGCCAAAGAGGGCGAGGCGAUCGCCAAUCGCAACCUGAUCUGCUCCAUUCCCAACCUCUUCCUCGGUUUCGCAAUCUGGCUCAUGUGGUCCGCCACCGUCGUGGUCAUUCAGGAGGCGUACGACGCGACCAAGGCGGCGUGUGUGGCCGCCGGCGACGCGGCGGUGGAUUGCCCCACCUACCACUUCAGCGGCUGGAUCAAGCCCGGGGACAACUACAAGGCCAUCCUCUACACCAUCCCCGCCAUCGCCGGUCUCGCCGGCGGUGUCAUGCGCUGCGUCAACACCUUCAUGAUCCCCAUCUCCGGCGGUCGCGUCACCGUCGCGUGCACCACCGUGGCUCUCCUCAUCCCGUGCGUCUGGGCCGCCGGCAUCCUCAAGAGCAAGGACGCGUCCUUCACCCAGCUCGUCAUCUGCGCGGCGCUCACCGGCGUCGGCGGCGGAGCCUUCUCCUCUUCCAUGAACAACAUCUCGCUGUUCUUCCCCAAGCGCAAGCAGGGCCUCGCGCUCGGUCUCAACGCCGGCUUCGGCAACCUCGGCGUCCCCAUGUCUCAGCUCCUCAUCGGCCCCAUCUGCAGCUACGCGGCGUUCGGCGGUUCCGCCGCGGGUGCGGGUACCUGGGGAGGCAACGCCGGCGCCUUCUACGCCGUCCUCUGCGCCAUCGCCAUCUCCAUGGCCGCUUGCGGCAUGUCCAACAUGCCCGCGACGACCCACGAGCUCGUCAGCGUGGCCAACUGCGUGUUCAAGUGGCUCUGGCUUCACGCCAUCGGCAUGCUCGCCACGGGCGUCGCCACGGGCGUCCUCAUCGCCACCUCCGUCUCCGUCACCUCCGCGUUCGACGCGCCCAGCGACUCUAUCGGCCGCGUCAUCAUGCUCGUCAUCAUCGCCGUCGUCGUCGUGCACGCGCUCAUCUGGUACUGCGUCCCCCCUCAGGUCAAGACCAAGGUCGUCGACCAGUCCGUCAUCUUCAGCAACAAGCACAACUACGUCAUGACGUACCUCUACAUCAUGACCUUCGGCUCCUUCAUCGGGUUCUCCGGCGCGUUCCCCAAGCUCCUCAAGGACCUCUUCGGCUACCUUCCCGACGGCAGCGUCAACCCCGACGCCCCCAACGUCCUGUACUACGCCUGGAUCGGACCGGCGGUCGGCUCGUUGAUUCGCCCCGUCGGCGGGUACAUGAGCGACAAGUUCGGCGGCGCGCUCGUGACGCAGGUGCACACCGUCAUUCAGACCUUCGCGUCCGUCGCGUGCGGCAUCCUCUGCUGGCAGGCGCGCGAGCGCCUGAACGACGGUAAGGAGAACCUCGACCUCUUCCCGCCCUUCGUGUUCAUGUUCGUCGUGCUCUUCUAUUGCACCGGCGUCGGAAACGGCUCCACCUUCCGCAUGAUUGCAAUCAUCUUCGAGAAGCACGAAGCUGCCGGCGUCCUGGGCUGGUCCUCCGCCAUCGCCUCCUUCGGCGCCUACAUCAUCCCGGCGCUCUUCGGCGUCGCCAUCAAGCAGAAGUCCCCGCAGACGGUCAUGUACUUCAUGGCCGCGUACUACUUCUCGUGCCUCGGCAUGAACCACUGGUACUACCUCCGCAAGGGGUGCGAGAAGCCCUGCUAA